CAGCCUGGCUUUAAGAUGGCGGGAGAGAUCCGCAGGCUGGGGCGGGUGUUGCCCUCCUCCAAGAUGGCGGCCGCAGCCGCCUUAAGGAGCAAUCGCGCAGGCGCCGUCCACGCGCGGUUGAGCAGUCCCCUUUCCAAAAUGGCGGCGCCCAUGCUGAGGGGUGUGAAGCAGCGAGGCUGGAGCCUGUGUGUCGCGGGGCGCCGUUUAGGGGGAGAAGCGCCCCGGAGAGAGAUCAAUUUCAAGCUGGAUGAGAGAACGGCCCACAGCAGCUUGGAUCUGUUCAAAAAGAACACUGGUGUCAUUUACCGUAUGCUGGGGAUUGACCCCACCAGCGUUCCCCGGAAUACUGAACGCUUCAGAGACUGGGCUGUGGUACUGGGUGACACGGCUGUCUCCAGUGGGCGUCACUACUGGGAAGUGACUGUCAAAGAAUCGCAGCAAUUCCGCAUAGGGGUAGCAGACGUGGACAUCUCCCGGGACGGUUGCGUUGGAGUAGAUGACCGCUCCUGGGUCUUUUCCUAUGCGAACCGGAACUGGAAUGCCAUGUUCGCUAAUGAGACCACUCCAAUCAAGAACAUCGGUCACCCAGAGAGAGUGGGUCUGUUCUUGGACUACGACAGCAAGAAACUCAGCCUGGUGGAUGUCAGCAAAUAUGUGUCCGUCCACAGCAUCUUUGCUGAGUUCCAAGGCCCCGUAGUGCCCGCCUUUGCCCUCUGGGAUGGUGAACUGAUCACGCAUUCAGGCCUCGAUGUACCUGAAAAUCUCGAUAGGAAUUGAAAACAUCUCAAGCUUAGUGAAGUUUGGAGAGACGGACAAUCUGCUUGGAAUAUGAGGCUUCAGAGUGGUACAUAAAAGAAGGAACCCCUCUCCUGCAAUACCCUUGUCAUAGGAGCCAACGUUUCAUAUCUAUAUGUACCAUUCAGCCCGUUGACUGUUUUCUCUUAGGAAAAGAUGAGACCUUUGGAUUCCAUGUUGAAACAUCUCAUUUGGAAUGUAGUAAGAUGUUAUUCAGAGCAUUGAGGGCCACAUAUUCUGAUUUUCUGUCUCUGCUCCAUUGUUCUUGUAAAAGGAGGUUGGUUGGCUGUCUACAAACACGGGAUACACUUGGCUUAAAUUAGGGUUUGUCCAUAUGGAAAAACGUAUGUGCUUGCUCCACGGUCACAUUUGUUUCUUUGCAGCUAUUGUGUGUGAUCAGCCACACCUUUUGGUGCUCUUAUCCCAUGUCCUUAAUAAUGUAUAGAGUCCCCUUGCUCAGCCUAAGGAUCUGCCUAGGCUUUCAGAUGUCUGGAGGCAGGGAAACUCCACUUGGAUCUCUCUGUGUACAAUGCAUAGCCACCAUUGCCCUCUGCUGGGCCAG